AUGAAGGGGCGCACUUCGCCCGACACAUCUCUUCUGCAGAUGCGGUCAUGCUGCUUCAGCGUCAAGGGCAUCUUAUUGAUCAAAAUUUUCUUCUCUCUUCGAUGA